AUGGAGCGUCGGGCGCCCACGUCGGUCCGCAGCCGGCGGGACAGGGGAUUCUACUACGAGGAGCCGCCCGCCGGCAUGGGGGGCGUCAUUGCGGAGGAGUUGGACGCGCUGGAGGUCCGGUAUCAUGCGACAUUUUUUCGGCUGCACGACGGCGCGUCAAACAAACUGGCCACGGCCCCGCCGCCGCAGCGGGGCCGUGAAACGGGGGCAACGACGGCUUUAGAGCCGUCCUCAUCACAGGCGGCGGCGUGCGAGGCCUCGGGCGCGUCCGAGUCCUCUCGAUUACACACACCCGAGGAGCUGCGGCAGCCCCUGCAUCAGGUGCCAACCCCACGCAGUGGCCAUCUCCUGCUCUCCUGCGCUCCCCGUCGAAGUCUUAUCCUGCACGGUGGGCUUGAGGUUGGGGCACAUUCGUUUCUGAACGACACGUGGGAGUAUUUGAUUGAUGCGCAGCGGUGGGUGCGGCUUAUUUGUCACGGUGCCCCAGCUAGGCAGCCUCACCGCCCACGUCUGGGCAGGGAGAGCGUCAGCGAUGAGGAGCAAGAAGUAGUGGAGGAGAUGCCGCCAAAGGCAUUUGGGCAGAGUGGUAGCCUGUUUGGGGACGGAUGCUUUCUGUUUGUGCAUGGCGGUGUGACGGACGAAGAUGGCGACGUGGCCCCCGCGUUUCAGCUGGACAUCGCGCGGCGGCGGUGGAGCAGGCUGCGGCUCACCACGCGGCUCCCGACGCGGUGGGGGUCGGUGGCGCAGACGCUGCUCCUCCCCGUCCCCGCGAGCCUCCCUUCGAAGCGGCUGUCGCUGACGACCUCCUCCUUCUCCUCCUCGUCGGCGGCGCGGGAAGCCCCGGCGUCGGUGGAGGCGCAGGAGGGGGAGGAGGAGCGGCGGCGGGCGGAGGUUGUGGUGGUGUUCGGCGGGAUGCACGGCACGGAGGCCUACAACACGACGUACCUGCUCUACCUCACCGCCCCGCCGCCCUCCUCUGGCAAGCCGCGGUACUGCGAGGGUGAGAAGCGCGUGGUGGAGGUUCUCCCGCCGGUUGCCUCGUCUGUCUUUCCCGGGCGACGGCGGGCCUGUGCGACGGUGUGCCGCGGUUUUUUUUUCUUCGUCUUUGGUGGGCGCGACAACAACUACUUCUACAACGACCUGUGGGUGCUCAACGUCUACACGCGGCAGUGGGUGAUGGUGCGGGAGGAAACCCCCUUGCGGUUUAUGCGGGAAUUCUUCCUGCGCCCCUACGACAAGAAACCGGGGGCGCGUAUCAUGGAGUACAUUAAAAAUGUGCUUCUGAUGAGGCGCGAUAGCAGGCGGUGUCGCGUGCCGAUAAACAUCCCGCACCGGUGCAGCCACUACAACAGCUCCGCGCUUUGGCGCACGGGGGCGGUGAUGGUGGCGCGGGGCCUGGAGAUUUUCAUCCUCGGCGGCUUUAGUUACGACGGGCGCGGGAUGCUUGCGACUCACAAGGACGUGCACGUCUACAACUACAUGCGCCACUUAUGGCGUGAGGCGUGCGUGGACGUGGGGUGUUUGCCGUCGCCGUUUCCUGCGGGGUAUUUCGCGGCGACGCGGGAGGGCGGCGGGUCCUCGCCGAACUGGGAGUCCGUGAAGAAUAUUCUCUCCGUUCUGCCAGACGGCCGGACGAUGGCGGCCAUGUGCGUGGAUCCGGUGAUGCCGAGCUUUCGCUUCUUCCUCUACGGCGGCCGCUUCGAGGAUGAGCCGAUCGGGGAGCUGUACGACGUGCGGGUUCACGUCACCUGCGCCGCCAUGUCCGACAUGAGUUUGGUGUACGAGCGGGAGUUGCAGCACUGCGACGACGUCGUUUUUCGCUCCGCACCCGCCCCCUGGGAGGCGCGGCCGCUGCCCCUGACGUCGCUUGCCUGCUCCCCGGGCGAGUUCCCGUUGGCCCCGCGGGGGAGUCCCCGCUGCUGCGGCGAGCGCACGCUGCGGGAACAGGCGGGGGACUGGGUGCGGGCGGUGCUGCUGGAGGAGCCGACGCUGCGCCGCACGGAGUGCCUCCUGCUGUGGCCCGACGACCGGGUCGCGCGGCAGGAGUGGCUGAACGACGCCCACACCGCGGGCGACAGGAUGCAGAAGAAGGUGGACGAAAGGCUCUCGGAGGCGAUCCGUUCGGGGGUGUCGUUUGCGCCGCCAUUUAUCAGGCGGGGGUGA